AUGGAGGACUGUGCCCCCAGAAGCAACGGGACUCUCAUUUCCCUGAAUUCUUCACUUAGCUCCCUUGACUACACCGAUCUCACGCUUUCCUUCCCAGGUGGUGGCAGGGAGGAUAAAGGAACAGCUUUGGUUGGAUCACCAACACCUACUUCACUGGAUCAGAUACAUGGGAGUGAUGGGGAGGACAUGAGCCAGUGGCAGUGUGAGUUCAGGGGUCAAAUCAGAGCACUGAGACAGUGGCUCAGAAGUAUGGAGAUGAGGCUUCCUCUGGACCCCAGGCUUCAAAGCGAUGGACACUCAGGUUCAGACCAAGAUUCCAGUAUGGGUAGGUGGAAGGGAACAAAAUCUCCCUUGGCACUGAGGGAUGUCGCCACAGAUUCAGACACAUUGCUUCAAAACCUGGACACUUUGGUCACAUGGGUCAGUGAGAUAGAGGAACUCACAACUAAUCAGAAACCCCCAUCAUCAGAGGUCAAAGUGGUGAAAGCACAGCUCCAAGAGCAAAAGCUCUUGCAGCGCCUCCUAACAGACCGAAGGCGUAGCAUGGACUCUAUGAUAUUGAAGGGCCCUCGAUUAGUGGAGGCCCACCCAGGAGAGGAGGGCGAGCAGGCAAAGGUCAAGCUCUCCACUCUCAAACAGAAGUGGGAGGCCUUACAGAUGCAGGCAGAGAAAAGGAGAGAAACUUUGGAACUUAUUCUGCCCAAAGCCCAGCUGUUCCAGGAAGGAGUGGACAACUUGCAACAAUGGCUCAUGUCUGUGGAACAGACACUAGCUGAACUACGAAAUGCAGAGAGAGUGAUGCUGCAUCUCCCAGAAGCCACAGACAGGGCCAAGGCUAUUGUUGAUGAAAUCCAAGUGAAAAUUGCUGAACUGGGGAAAAUACAAAGCUCAGGUUGCGAUUUAAUGGAAGCAGUUUCAGAGGAGGAGGCCCAGCAGGUACAAGAGAAGAUGGAUGGUCUGCGUAUCCGUUGCUCUGUGCUGAGUCUGAGCAGCCUGGAUGUGUUGCAGAGGUUGGAGCAAGCCCUUGAAGCCUCUAGCCGAUGCACCUCUAGCCAAGAGGACCUCCAUCUGUGGCUGGGCCGCAUCGAGAGGGAGCUCUUAGGGGCAGCAGGAGCACAGACACAUGCUGGUGAUGCAGUUCUAUGUACAGCAGAGAGACAAAGGCUGGAACAAGCGGUGGUAAAGGAGAUGGCUUGGUUCAAAGAUACGGCACUCAGUCUUGAAAAGCUGAAAACCAUUAAUCUGGAUCCAGAGCUCAUAGCAGAGCAGCUUUAUGAACAGAAGAUUUUAGCUGUAGAGAUUCUACAACACAGGUUCAACAUCGAGAAGAUGGUGAAGAUUGCUGAAAUCUUGAUGACCUAUAGUGAUGAAGGAGAAACUGGAGAUUUCCGGACUCCAGUGGAGGCUUUACAGGAACAAUGCAACACCACCUCAGCCACCAAUGCCCAUGUGGUCCUGCAACUUGAGCAUGCACAAUCGCUUCUUGUCCAGUUCUCUGAGGGCUUUGCUGAGGUGUCACCUUGGUUAGAUGAAACCCAGACACUUAUUGGCCAACUCUCCCUGAGCACAAUAAGCUAUGAAGCAUUUCGGGAACAACAAGACCUCUUACAGGGUCUCAGAGAGUCUAUAGCAGAGCACCGUCCAUUGAUAGCACGCUUAUGCUCCCUAGCAAAACGCUUGUCAGAAUUAAACCCCAUUCAGGGUGACCAGUUCUGUCGUAAGGCAACAGAGGCUGAGGAGCAGCACAGAGCCAUCAGAGAUCGAGUCAAAGAGACUGCCAAUCUACUCGAGGAGUCCUUACCACGAUUUACACAAUUAAACGAGAGAAUGACUCUUAUCAGAGAGAGUCUCGACCGCCUGCACAGUCGCAUACAGACACCCACCUCCCUUCAAGGUCUCACCCCAAGGAUCCAGGAGCAGCUGCAAGACAACAAACAAACUCUUGCUGAGCUGUGCAAGCUGGAACUGGGUCUAAGCAGCAUCAAAACACAGGCAGAUGAACUUCUGGCCAACACUCAGGCAGCAGGAGAUGAAACCAUUGGCACAGCAAUUCAGGGACGAGUGUCCAGCCUGUUACUGCAGUGGGAUGAGAUACAUAAUCAGGCCCAGGAGAGGGAGAGCUGGUUGCUUAAGGUUUUGGAUUUUGCUAUAAAGUUUUGGAGCGAUGUAAGCGAAGUCACGACUGUACUUAGUGAUGCUCAGCAGGCGGUUUUGGAUCUCAAUGCUUGUCAGACAGACUCUGAAACAAUCCACCAAAGCCUUGAAACUAUGCAGUCUCUCAGAGAGGACAUAGACAGUUUCCAGGGAGAUCUGGACAUCCUUGGUGUCCUGGGAAUGGACCUGAUGUCAGCAUGUGGGGAUACAGACAAACCAGAUGUCACAAAGAGCCUGGAUGAACUUUAUUGCACAUGGAACAACUUAAACAAACUGUGGAAUGAAUGUCACAAAAAGCUAGAGGAGUCUUUGCAGAUGGCCCUGAAUUAUCAAGAUACCAUGCAGGGUCUAUUUGAGUGGUUGAAGUCAGCCGAGCUGAGGUCCACAGAGGAGUUCAUGGUAGGAACUGACCUGGAAUCAGUGAAAGAGCAGCUAUGCGAUCUCAAGGAAUUUAAACGGGAACUCUACCAAAAGAAAAUAGAGAUAGAAAGCCUGAACCAUCGCUUUGUGUGUCGGCUGUCUCCAGGAUCAGAGCGUCCAGGCUCUGUCUCACCUCUGUGUGACUUCAGACAGCGCUGGGACAGCCUAGAGUCGGAGACUGUGAACAGACAGCAUCAGUUGGAGUGUGCUCUGCUGGGUCUGGGUCAGUUCCAAAAUACGCUGGACGAGCUGCACACAUGGCUUGCUAGGACUGCUGAACAACUGCAGGGCAGCCAGCCAAUCAGCAUUGAUCUGCAGGCCUGUGAAAUAGAGCUAGCCAAACACAAGGUGCUUCGGAAUGAUGUCAUGUCCCAUGUUCGCACAAUUGAGUCGCUCAACCGGGCAGGCAGGGGGCUGCUGGAGGUUGGAUCUGGGGAAAGCCCACAUGGUUUGCAGUCUCGGCUGGAGCAUCUGAAUGAAAGUUGGGAGUUUGUCCGCUGUGAGACUGAACGCAGGCAGCUGGAAUUAGAGAACAGACUGAGUCAGGUGCAAGAUGUUACAAUGGAGAUCCAGGAUCUUUUACAGUGGCUGGAGAACACAGACUUAAGACUGUCCUCUUCCAAAACCAUGUGGGGCAUGCCGGAUUCUACAAGUGAAAGACUUAAUGCACAUUUAGAGUUGUGCAAUGAGAUGGAGUCUAAACUCCACACCUACACAGAUGUGAAGAAUGCUAUUCACAGGAUGUUGGAGAGCAGCAACGUUGUGCGGGGGUCGAGUACGGAACACAGCUUAUCUAUUCUUGAGCAGAAAUGGGCUUCUGUUUACAGCAAAGUCCAGGAGAGGAAGGCUAAACUCACAGAGGGAGUUAAUUUGGCCAAGGAGUUUCACAGCUAUGUGCAGGAAAUCCUUACAAAGAUGAGCAAGUGUGAAGAGUCGAUCCAGCUUCUUCCUGCUCCCAGCUUUGUUCUGGAUAAAGUUUGCACGCAACUGCAAGAUCACAGAACUUUGGUGAAUGAGUUGAAUGGUUACAAUGAGAGAAAGACCUUAGUAGAGAAUAUGGGCCAAAGGCUAGCAGAGCUGAGCAGGAAGGAAGACUGUGACGUCAUUCAUAAUCUAAUCAUGACCGUCCAGGAUCGAUACAAGAAGCUACAGCAGCGAACCUCAGAAAGAGGCAGGAUGCUGGAGGAUGUUAAAAAGAACGCCAAACAGUUUAAUGAAUCUUGGCGCCUCCUUGUGGACUGGAUGACGGAGGUAGAACAGACAUUAGAUACACAUAAAGAAAUUGCAGUGUCCCAUGAAGAGAUUAAGCAACAACUUACUGAACAGAAGGAGUUUCAGAAGCUGCUGAGAUCAAAGAGGCCCAUGUACGAUGCCACACUGAAGAGCGGCCGCAGCCUUCAUGAAAGAGCUCAAAAUGGCCACGACAGACAGCACCUGGAGAACCUUCUGGCUGAACUCAAAGACACAUGGGACACUAUCAGUGGCAAGUCUAUGGAGAGGCAGCAUAAGCUGGAGGAAGCACUGUUGUUCUCUGGGAGGUUCACCGAUGCUCUGCAGGCUUUGAACGACUGGCUGUACAGAGCAGAGCCCCAGCUGGCAGAGGAUGUCCCUGUCGGUGGAGACAAAGACAUGGUCAACAAUCUCAUAGACAAACACAAGGCCUUUCAGAAGGAGCUGGGGAAACGAGCUGGAUGCAUUAGGACCCUGAAGCGCUCUGUGAGGGAUCUGACAAGGAGCAGUACGGCAGAUGCUCACUGGCUGCAGGAGCAGAUGGAUGAACUUGAGGGCCGCUGGGAGUCUGUGUGCAAACUAUCAGUCAGCAAGCAGGACAGGCUGGAGGCUGCACUUCAGCAGGCUGAGAAGUUUAACGGCCUUGUUCACUCUUUCAUGGAGAGGCUAACUGAGGCAGAGAGGAUCCUGAAAUAUGGGGUCAUACCAGAGGAGGAGGACACUUUGCUUACCUUCCGCAAACAGUAUGAGGAGUCACUGGAUGCCUUGAAGGCUCAGGCAGGUGAAUUAGAGAACAUCCAGAAUCUGGGUGAGGAGAUUCUGGCUUCAUGUCACCCAGACUCCAUAAUCACCCUAAAAUCUUGGAUGAGUGUUACAAAGACCCGCUAUGAGGAGGUUCAGACCUGGGCCCAGCAGCAGGGCCAGAGGAUCCAGGCCAGCUUAGCAACACUUGAUGCAGAAAGAGAAGAAGUCCAGAGACUGCUGGACUGGAUCUCCUCAGCAGAGGAAGCUCUCACCCUGCGAGAUCAAGAACCUCCGGCUGAGACCACAGAGCAGAACCAAGAACUCAUUGACCAGCACACAGUAUUCAUGGAGGAAUUGAAUAAAAAAUUUCCAGAGGUUGAACAUGCCACAAAGUCCUGUAAACACAAGAGCCUUCCUAAACAGCAGGUUUCUCCAAGCAAGCGGCCUCUUACAAAGAGAAGGAGUGCUAUGAGGCUGCCACCUCCCGUACCAGUCCCCCUGGAGAACCUUGACCCGCAGACCCCACAGCUCAGUCAGCUGGUCAGUCAGUGGCAGAAACUUUGGCAGCUGGCUGUGGCGAGACAAAACCGCUUGGAACAACACCAGCAAACGCUCCGAGAGAUGGAAGAAUUCGCCAACUUUGACUUCAAUAUUUGGCGAAAGCGCUACAUACAGUGGAUUAGUCACUUGAAAUCUCGAAUUUUAGACGUUUUCCGAAGCAUUGACCGGGACCAGGAUGGGCGGAUCAGCCAGAAAGAGUUCAUUGAUUAUGUCCUCACCUCUAAAUUUCCAACCAACUCUCUGGAGAUGAAUGCAGUGGCUAACAUUUUUGAUAUGAAUAGCGACGGCUUCAUUGACUACUAUGAGUUUGUGAGUGCACUUCAUCCCAGCAGAGACCCAUACAGGAAAACACUGGAUGCAGAUCAGAUUAAUGAAGAGGUGAGCCGACAGGUAUCACAGUGUAACUGUCCCAAGAGAUUCCAGGUGGAGCAAAUAAGUGCCAACAGAUACAGAUUCGGAGACUCUCAGCAGCUACGAAUGGUUCGAAUCCUGCGCAGCACGUUGAUGGUCAGGGUCGGAGGGGGGUGGACUGCUCUGGAUGAAUUCCUGGUCAAGAAUGACCCCUGCAGAGUAAAAGGUCGAACCAACCUCAAGAUCAAAGAGAAGUACUUGUCACCAGCAGGAAGCACCACUAAGGGUUUGACUGUGAGCAGGUCCAACUCAAGCCUCAGCCUUUACAGCAGUGCCUCUGCCCCCACCAGCCCCAUGACACGCAAGGCAUUACUCCGUAGGAGUUUCUCAGGUGACCGGUGUAUCCGCCCCAGGAGCUCCAUAGCUGCUCUGGAUUCUGAUCUGCAGUUUGGCACAGCAGGAGAGGACAGCUCCCUCUCACCUUCAGACGAAGCUGAGAGGUUGCCCACAUGAUUACUGCUGCUUCGGAGCACCGCAUGAAGGCGGCAGCGCUUAACCUCAAACAUGGCCUCGAGGCACCGAAACAGGGUGACAAGCAGAAGAAAAGUCUGGAAAACAACACAGUCGGUUACCUCUGAUCUACUGAAACCGAAGGAAAAGUACAGAUCGGGCUCCCUGAGGUGAUGGUGAAGGGUCUGAAGCUCUGAGAAAUCUCAAUGAAGAUCAUUUCUUUGUGUGGACAAUGAACGGUCAUUUCAGCACAAAGACAAAAAGUCUUUUUAUGCCUCCUGUUGCUUUUCAUACAUUUAUAUGUGAUCAUCUAGAAAGUAAGAAGUUCUGCAUGGAUGCUUAUUGCAUGGCAGCUGGAGCAUUGCUGAAAUCCCACUUAAUUUUGUUCAUAUUGUUACUUCUUUUAAGGUUGUUGAAAUUAGCUAAAGGAGACAUUACCUGGUCAUGGUUUAACUCCUUGACAUGCAGCUAAAACUCACAUACAUGUACAGAUAUCAUGUGAAGGGGUUGUGCUGUCUGACUGUCCCUCUGAGUGUCCAAAUAAAACCCCUCACAUACCAAAAUCAUGACUGUGGAGGCUACAGCAUGCUGUCCUUCAUCUUCGAGAUGCUUUUGUUUUGAUUUUAUUCAUUGAGGAUGAUAUUGUUGGCAGGGCCAAACUGUUUUUGACUUUUACCGUUUUUGACACUGUUUUUUCCAAUAGUUAUGUAUUUUUAUUUUUCACCAUGAGGACAUUUUAAACACUGGAGAUUGUGUAAUAAACAGUGCACUGAAAUGUGACAGGCCAUUGUUGAUUUGUAGAGAUUAUUUUCUCAGGACUGGUUUUGCCUUUUGGAUGUAUGUAUUUCUUAUGGAGCAUUACUGUGAACGUGUCGAUGUCUGGUUUCCAUUAUAACAUUAAACCUUCUAGAAAAAGUUUUGAUUAGCACAUUUUUUUUAUAUAAAAAUGCACUUUUCUGUGACCAGCUAUUGUAUAUAAAUUGUUUUGCUGGGAUUAUUUACCAACUAUAAUCUUAACUGGUGUCAAAUAAAAAGGAAGACUUUUUAAAAUGGUCAGUUACAAGAAUGCGAUGGAGGUGAUUUGAAUUUAUUUCUCAAACUUGGAAUGAGUUCUGAAAUUUUCAUCAUUCCUCUAUGUAUAGGCUGUUAUUUCACCUUUAUAUCUGUAUAUCUAGUUUCUUUUAAAAUCAUUCCUGCAUUAUUUGAGCUGAAAACAAUUAAAUGUAUUUUGGCUGACAAGCAGCUCCACACUCAUUGGUUUACGUAUCAACUGUGUAACUGCGGUAUUUGUAAGCAUCCUUUUUUACUACUAUGUGCCUGCCUGAGGUUGCUUGUUUCAUUUGGCCUAUGCAGUUGUCAAAGGGAUUUUUAGUGAUUUUUUACAUGAUAAAAUACACUGUCCUCUUCAGAUCAUGUUUGGAAAAUGUUGAUGAUUUGCUGUAUUGUAUAAAAUACAAAAGCCAGAUUUCACUCCUAUUGCUAUGCACACUAAUCUUUCUGUACUGUAAAUGUUUCUAUACCCAGCUUUCAUUCUGAUGUCUAAUAUAGAGGAAACUGUAGAUGAAUGUCACUACUAAUUUUGAGUCCACUUGUAUAGAAAAAUGUUUUUGUAAUAAAAUGACAAGUGUUUGCAAUGA